CGACCCUCCGCCUCCGCCAACGCUUCCGCACCUCAAAAGGCCACAAAGGCAUGCCGCCGCUGCCGUCGCCCCCGCGACGAAUGCCGCUCGCCCUGGACCUCGUCGAUCCGCCUCCUGCCGCCCGCCGCCGCCCGCCAAACCUCGUCCUGCGCGUGCCCCCGGCCCUCGCGCCACCGCUCUCCGCCCGCCUCCCGCCCUCGUCCCCGGUAGCGCUCGCGUCGCCCGUCGCGGCCUCCGCAAUCGUCUCUGCGCCGCCGCUCCAGGACGCGGAGGCCCGCAACGCCUACCCCGACGGGCCCGUCGACGUCUACGGCGGCGCCAUCUUCCUCUUCUCCGAGCCCUCGCGCGCGGUCGCGGCACAAUACGAUGUCGUCAUAAACGUCGCCAGGGAGGUCAUCAACCCCUUUGCCCCGGCAUCCUCCUCGCCGCCCCCGACAGCAGCGACGACCACGCCCAUGACGGUGUCCUCGCCCGAGUACAUCUUCGUGCCCUGGGAGCACACCUCUAAGCUCACAUCCGAUCUGCCUUAUCUGACAGACGUCAUGGCCCUGCGCGCCGCAGAGGGCAAGCGCAUCCUCGUCCACUGCCAGUGCGGAGUCUCGCGCUCGGCGUCCCUCGUCGUCGCCUACGUGAUGAAGGAGAAGUCUUGGGACCUCAAUCAGGCAUAUGCGUUCGUCAAGCGGAAGGCCCCGGCCAUCGGACCAAACAUGGGACUGAUAUUCCAGCUCAUGGAAUGGGGACGCAUCCUCAACAACCAGCCCGUCCGCGACGCAGACGACAGCGAUUCAGAGUCUCUUUCUUGACCUGUGUUUGUUUGUGGUUGUGUCUGUGUUGUUAUUUUGGCUUAUUUUUUGUUACAUUCAAAGAUCUAUACGUAACCUGGGUUCAUUUUGUUUUAAUUCUUAUACAGUGUAUAAGAAUCGGCGCCUGUCUGCUUUUCUCUCUUUAAUACUUUUGUUUUUCCUGUCUCUUGUAUCAAUAUCAUUUCCGCCAUCCUUUUUUCGGGUCCUUAUAUAGUCUGGGUUUUCUUUUAUCUUUUUGUUUCAGUCUCAUAGUGCUGUUGUUGACUUGUACGAUCAUUCGAAUUAUAAGGCGUGAACAAUUACUUGACUCUUAGU